AUGGCGUCUGCGCCGACCCUUCAGCGCAUCCGCGCCCCUCUGCAGCGGGCUGCUGGCGCAUCUUUUACUGCGGCGAGGACCUACGCCACCGUACCAGACACCCCAUCGCCAGCCACUGCCAACCCGGCCACCACUCCUGCGAGACGCCCGACCUACUUCAAAAACACGACCGUGGCUUCGCUCGACGACUUUAUUGCCUCGCGCGACUCUGCCCUGCCCGCCACCGAAGCCUACACCCUGCGCACCGCCGAAGUCGGCCCCGCCUCAAACAGGAGGACCAUUACACGUCUGCCCGAGUGGCUCAAGACGCCCAUUCCCGCUGGCAACCAGAACUACAAGAAGAUCAAGUCGGACCUGCGUGGACUCGGCCUGCACACCGUCUGCGAGGAGGCCCGGUGUCCCAACAUCUCCGACUGCUGGGGUGGCGACAACAAGAAUGCGGCCACGGCCACCAUCAUGCUCAUGGGCGACACGUGCACACGCGGAUGCCGCUUCUGCAGUGUAAAGACGAACCGAAAGCCGGCGCCGCUCGACCCGCACGAGCCCGAACACACCGCCGAGGCAUUGGCCCGAUGGGGACUGGGAUACGUCGUGCUCACGAGCGUCGACCGUGACGAUUUGGCCGACGGUGGUGCUCGCCACUUUGCCGAGACCAUUAGCAAGAUCAAGCAAAAGAAGCCCGGCCUGCUCGUAGAGGCCCUGACGGGAGAUUUCCGAGGUGACCUGGACAUGGUCAAGAUUGUCGCCGACAGUGGCCUGGAUGUCUAUGCACACAAUGUCGAGACCGUCGAGGGUCUUACCCCCUACGUGCGUGAUCGGCGAGCAACUUUCAGGCAGAGUCUCAAGGUCCUCAACCACGUCAAGGAUGUGAGAGGCGACGAGGGCAUCAUUACAAAGACUAGUAUAAUGCUGGGACUGGGCGAGCAGGAGGAAGAGGUUACGGAUGCAUUGAGGGAGCUGCGCAAGGCACGCGUCGAUGUGGUCACCUUUGGUCAGUACAUGCGACCCACAAAGCGCCACCUCAAGGUGGAAAAGUACGUGACGCCAGACGAAUUUGAAAUGUGGCGCCAGCGCGCCCUCGACAUGGGCUUCCUCUACGUUGCUAGUGGACCUCUGGUACGGAGCAGUUACAAGGCUGGUGAGGCGUUUAUCGAAAACGUUCUCAAGAAGCGUGCUGGAGAAAAGGUGGCUACUGCUGCAGAGAGCAAGUUGGGUGAGACAGUGGUCAUUGAGCCGCAACUUUAA